AAAGAUCUGUCUACAGCAACAAUGCCAAUGUUUCAUAAUGGAAACACGCCUAACAAUCUAAAGUGUGAUUCUGUGACACAAACAGAUAUCAAGUGGUCGAAUAAAGCUGUGUCGGUGAAACCAACUCUAAGAAGCAUAGGCUGUUCGACAAACAUCAAAGUCACAUAUGUAACGGAGAAAAUAAUGCCAAGCCAGCAUUCGUCAUCCACCGCAAGCAGUUCGUCGACACGCUCGUUGUACGAACCCUUCUCCAGCCCGUCAUCAUCAAGCACAUGGCAAGAGAACGGAAUUGAAGCUAAAGAUAUGUCGGGACGUGCACAUAUUUUGAAAACGAUUGAGGAAUAUCCCAAAAUGUAUGUCGGGGUACCCAAAUCAUAUUACUGGCUAUUAGAAUUUCUAUCUAAGGAAUGCAACCUGCGACUAUUGCAUGUGAUUAUCACAUUGUUUAAAUUGAAACAAAAUGAUUCAAUACUGAGGUUAAGUCAUCAAUUCCAACUAAGUAAAGUAACAGUGCAGGAGGUGUUAAGAAAUAGUAUACCUAAAUUAGCAACUUUUUUGCAAAUGUUUAUAUACCUGCCAGAACCUUUCAUAAUCAAAAAAACGUUGCCUCCAGUAUAUAAAGUGAGAUAUGCAAAUGUGCAAUGCAUAUUGGAUUGUUUUGAAAUCCAAAUAGAAAAAGCUUCAAACACUGUUAAGCAGUCCAGUUCUUGGUCUAAUUACAAAUGGUGCAAUACAGUGAAAUAUUUACUUGCAUGUUGCCCAAAUGGGUUUAUAUGCUUUAUAUCUAAAGGUAUUGGAGGAAGAAUCUCCGACAAAGCUAUUACUGAACGUAGUGGUUUUGUGGAUAUUCUUCCUCCAGGGGCUGUGGUUCUAGCCGACAGAGGCUUCAAGGGCAUAGAACCUCUACUAGCUCAGAGGCACGCGAAACUGCUUAGGCCUCCCACUGUUUCUUCGAAAGAGACACCUUCCAAGGCAGAGGUAAUACAAACCAAAGUAAUCGCCAGCUUGAGGGUACACGUAGAACGUGUGAUACGGCGGUUGAGGGAAUUCUCGUUCUUGGAGCCUCACUCGACUGUAAACCAUAAUCAUGUCAAGUAUGUAGAUGAAGCUGUUUUGAUAGCAAGUGCUCUAGUUAACUUACAAAGCAGUAUAAUAAAAAUCCAAUAAGUAUCAUAUCGUUUUAUUAUAUAAAUCCACAAAU